AUGGACAUCAUCGAAGAGAAGCAGAACCAGCUGAAAAGCAUCCUCAAGAGCUCAGUGUCAGAAGCCGGAGCAGCCGCACGCUCCGAGAAAGAAGCAAGGGAGAUCGCCAUGGCCCACGCCAAACUUUUACAGCACCGCAAGGAACUCCAGGCCGAGAUUCUCGACAGUGUAGUGCUUCUUUCAGAAUAUCCUCUGGUAAGAACGACCGCGCACUCAGCCUCGAACCCCGCGCCAAGCGACGUCUCCGGCUUCAAAACACAUGUUCGCUUGUUCCAACCCUCAGACUACGACGAGCUCAUAGAAGAGCGGAAUGUAAACGAACUAUGCGGGUACACUUUGUGCGCAAAACCCCGACGGCAGAUAGGCCCAGGAGGGGAGUGGAAGCUCACGAGCAGUGGCGAUAUUGUGAAGCGCAAAGAUAUCGAGAAAUGGUGUUCUCCCGCAUGUGCCCAGAGAGCACUCUUCAUCAAGGUUCAGCUGAAUGAGACCGCUGCAUGGGAGAGAGCGGGCAUUCCGGAUAUACAGAUCGAUCUCUUGAGCGAGGAUAAAUCGACAGAGACAGAGGAAGACCGGACUGCCCGCCAACUAGGGGAGCUGAAGCUGGAGGAGCAACGACAAGCCGCAGAGGAUGCCAAAGCACUCGCUCUUGAGAGGGGCGAUCGCGGCGUCGGGAGUAGCGUCGACAAGGUCAAGGUUACGCUCAAGGAGAAGGAGACCAGAGCUCCGAAGGAAGAGGACAUCUCUACGCAAGCUCCUGAUGAUCACUUGCUCGUCGAGGGUCACAAGUUUGACCUGCCAAGUAGACCCAAGCCACGAACUUGA